CCCUAACAACCUUCAGGGUGUCGGCAACAACACGUCCAUGCGGUAAACAACGCUCUCGAUCUUCGCCCCGUGCCUUCACCGUCACAGCUACUGGAACUACCACAACUCUACAAUUCCCACGAUCCCCACAACCACCAUAAUACCGCCGUCGCUACAUUUCUCCGAUAAGCUCUGUGGACAUCUUCUCGACCGGGGGCUGUCCACGCCCAACUCCGAUUGCAAUCUCAGUGUAUUAUAAUCGAAUCGGCUCAGCAGUACGAUCGCAGCCAUGAUGGGACCUGGGGGCCCUCACACGCGGCGAGAAAACAACCAAGACUGGUCCACCGCGCGGUGCCACCGGUUGAUCCGCCCGCUCACCUCCAAACUCCACCGACUCAAGACCCUUCUUGCGCAUCCAUCAGUCGCAGCUGCCGUCAGCCCUCCGAAGGGGAUCAAGAAAAGCGCGGAUGAGCUACCGUACGUCCCUCCGAAAUUCAUCGGCGCCGCCGCAAAGAGGAGGAAGAACCGCGGCGAAGAUGUCGGCGCAAUGUUCACCGGGGAAACGAAACGCUCAGUUCGGGCGCUGAACACGUACACGUCCGGCAAAAGAACGCUCGCUCUACAUCCACAGGUGUUGCCUCAAUAUGAGCCUAUGACGAGAGAAGUGUUGGACAUGGCCUUCCCGAUUCCCUUAUUGGGGUACGAAAGCCGGACUGCGACGCGGCCAUUCCGUCGCAAGGGCGUAGAUCUUUUUCGGGAACAUUCAGAUCCACUGCACCCGCCGACACUGCUGCAGUCCCUCAAAGCAAUUGUCAGGCCCGAGGUGUUUCAAAUGUACACUGGGAUCUAUGCCGCGCUCGAGAACAUUCUCGUAUCGACAGCGUUUCCGUUGCCGGCCGGUGACGCCCCGUCGCUAAGGGUUCUUGCGGCGCGGAGAAUCGCCGUGUGCAUCCUCGCAACCGACCAGGAGCUGGAGUCCGACGACGUGUGGUACGAUUCCGUCGGCGAUAUCGGCGUGGCCGGCGAGUACAGGAGAGACAUUGUGCGCUGGCAUGCGAUUGAGCUGGUGCGGGAUGCAGUGUGCUCGGGGUUGCUGCCAUCGCAGCAAAAGAACGGGUUGGGACUCGCUGGGGUGCUGGUGGGAUUGUGUCGAGGCCUCAAGGCGAACGCAGAGGCCGAAAGCCUCCUCAAGACGUUGACGGAGGUGUACCCGCUGUCAGAGAACGUCACCAAUCCGGCACUGGUCACACUGACUUCGUUUUGGCGCCACGAGGAUAAAGAACUAUUCCGACUUCUUGGGGACGCCCUCGUCGACGAGGGGAAUCCCGCCCUGCUCGGGAAUAUCACCGUCAACCGCAUGUUGAAGCGCGCGAUGUUCACCGUGGCAGACUGCGAGGUGUCGCGCAACCUCGUGACGAAAGCGCUUGAGGUCGCCUUCGGGAUAUGGGGCAAGGGCCACGUCCUCGCUGCGGCAAAGAAACGCAAGCAACUCGCUCGGCGGAAGGGCGGGCAUCGGUCCAGUAAAACUGCCACCAGCCAUAACGAUGCGGCCCGUCAGAAACCCCGUGGCGGCAAACCCGUUUCCGUGCGCAUCGGCGAGAGGGCCGAGGAAAUAGUAUUUCAUCUCACCGAGAAACUGGUCGCCGCGAGCCACAACCCCGCGGACACCAACGCGCUGGAUGUCAUCAACCAUCUGACCCGAGGGUUUCUCCUGCAAGACGAGGCUAUACGCACUUCGGUCGAGGACGUGUGGUCGGAGUGGUAUCCUGUCGCCGCGAAGGUAGCUAUUCUCCUCCAGAGCCUGGGACGGGACCCGGAGGAUGAUGCACUCAUCGUUGGAGAGCUAGUUCGGUGUCUUGACGACCUUAGAGAGGACGGGAUUAGAGAGGACGGCCUCAAGUCUCUGGGCGAAUACGUGGCGGCAUGCUACGGGAACCUCUACACGGCCACUGGAAAAUCCAUCACUAGCGGCGAUGAGGUUGUUUCUCUUGUGCGAGAUCUGAUAACCUACGCCACGACGGGGACAUAUCCGCCAAAAACCAGCUACGCGGAGCAAGAGGAAUCUACUACAGCCGCCGAACCGACCACGCCCUUCAAGCCCAAGUACGGAGCCAUAAUGUUCACCCCGGGGAAGAAGCCCGUCGAUUACCAGCAGGAAAAGGCGCGCUAUUACAUCACGAGGCUAGCGCUCAACGUGGCAAACGGAUUCUCGUCGCUCGAUAGUACCAAGCAUAGUGAGAGGUGGGCCGGCUGGCAGCGAAGCGUGGUGCACCAGAUCAUCGGGUUGAAGGUCCGCACGCCAGCUAAGUUUGUGACUAAAACUGCUCCCGAGAACGGCAAGAAGGAGAGGAAGGGGUGGAGAUUCGAGGAGGGGAUUUCUGAGUGGGUCGAAGUGGGCGGUACUCCGGGUGGUGCCCUGGCGAAGGCUAGGAAGGAGAAGAGGGCUAUGCUCAAGAAUCCUGACAAGAACAAGGCUGCGCGCAAGAAUUCUGAGAAGAAAAAGGCUACGCUUGAUCAUAUCGAGAUGCAAAUACCUUUCUACUUAAAGCAGAACCCAAACUGGAGGGACGAACACGAGAUCUUUUCUGAUGUCGAUAUGGAUGGAGAAGAGAGUGAUAACGAGGAGGAGGAGGAGGCGUCGGAGUCGGAGGAGAACACCGAGUCCACCAAAAAGCCGCAGCAGCAGCCCGCCUCAGUCCGCUCCUCCAUCUCACGACCCGAGUCGGAAUCGGACUACCCGAACACCUCGUUCUCGCGGCUCUUCGACAACGACUCCGAGAGUUCCGUUAGUUCCGCGGACUCGGCGUCCGAAUACGAAGAAGGUGAAGAGAAAGAUGAGGACGUCAAGUACUAUGCGGCGACCCCCGUCUGCCCAAUGUCCAGCAUCCGCCGCUCACCGAGGAAUACGGAGCGCAUCAAGCGUAGUCUCGACUCGCUGUCUGCUAUGCUGCCCAGCUCGUCGCCAAUGACGUUUGGUCGCGCGUUUACCCCCCUAAGGGAUUACGGAAAGAAACGGAGACAGCCAGUGGUUACUUUCUCGUCGCCAUCUCCCAUGAGUGAGGUGGAAGAAGAGGUUGGGGGCGCGGACGAGGAGGAGAGUGCGGACGAGGAGGAGAGCGCGAACGAGGAGGACAAGGAGGAGGAUGAGGACAUCACCGUCAACCCGCCACAGCGCUCUCGGUCCACCACCCGGCCCACCACCCGGCCCACCACGCGCCCGCUCUCGGCAGUCCCCCACAACCUCCGUCCCAGCCAGCCUCCCAAGCGUAAGCAUGCGGGCUCCGAUGACCUGUACGUGGAGGAUGCAGGCGGCGAGGAGGAGGAAGACGAACUCAGUACUGCUCGCAACAACACUACGCACUCCGUCUUCUCGGGACGCAGCAGGAAGCGCAGAUCAUUGCUGUGUGUUAAGCCCGCGCAGAAACAGCGAGGGAACCACGGUCGUGGAAGAAAGCUUGUGGCCGCGGCUCAGAGUGACGAUGAGGAUGAGCUGACGAUGAUGUGAUACGCCGGAAAAGCGAACAACAACCUGAGUACCAAAUCGUUGGGAAAUAGAGGUAGUUUGGGAGGUAGGAGAUGUGUGAUUUUCUUGUUUCCAAUUCUGUAUUGAUGGUUGUACUUAUUAGGUAUAUGUACAUUGUUUUGUCCGUUCUGUUGGUGUCAUUGUUUGUCCGUUCUGUUGGUGUUUCUGUCUGUUGGUGUUUGGAGUCUGCUGCUGUUGUGCUGUACUACUACUAUACCUCGGGCGUUUUUGGGUUGGUAGAAUUGAUUUGCUUCACUGGC